UUGCAUGGGACUUAUCAAUUAUCAGUUAUUUCUGUUAAAGUAUUAAACAUGGCUUCAAUUCAGAAAGAGGAAGAUUUGAAAAAAGACUUAGUCGAAAAUGGCCAAGAGGAUGAACUAGACGACGUAGAGGAAGAUACCAAGGAUCCCGCCAAGAAGAAGAAAAAGAAAAAAAAGAAGAAGAAGCCAGAUUCUGAAGUAACUGGUGAUAAUAAUGAAGUCACUAAUGCAACCGAAAAAGUUAAAUCACUGUCUGUGGAAGAUGCCACACUUGAGGGUGAAGAAAAAAAGAAGAAAAAGAAAAACAAGAGUAAGGGAGGCAAAGGAGCAGCAAAGGAACAGACCAAUCCACCCACUAUACCUAUAGCUGAGUUGUACCCGCAGGGCAACUUCCCUGAGGGUCAAAUAAUGGAGCAUGGACAUGCUGAAGGCAUUGAUGACAGGACUGCCAAGGAGCGGUUCUCCAGUGAGGAAAAAAGAGCCUUGGAUAGGAUGCACCAAGACAUAUACCAGGAGAUCAGACAUGCCGCUGAAGCCCACAGACAGACACGACAGUACAUGCGCGACUGGAUAAAGCCGGGCAUGACAAUGAUCCAAAUAUGCGAGGAGCUGGAAUCCACAGCCCGGCGUCUCAUUGGUGAAGACGGGCUCAAAGCGGGGCUGGCUUUCCCCACAGGCUGCAGUCGCAACCACUGCGCCGCGCAUUACACACCCAACACUGGUGAUACUACAGUGCUUGAAUACGAUGACGUAGUGAAGAUUGACUUCGGCACGCAUAUCAACGGACGCAUCAUUGACUGCGCCUUCACUCUGCACUUCAACCCGCGCUAUGACCCGCUGGUGAAGGGAGUGCAGGAGGCGACUGAGGCUGGCAUUAAGGCAUCGGGGGUAGAUGUCAGGCUGUGUGAUGUGGGCGCUGCAGUGCAAGAGGUCAUGGAGUCGCAUGAAGUGGAAUUGGAUGGCACCGUAUAUCAAGUGAAGCCUAUCCGUAAUCUGAACGGACAUUCAAUCGGACCAUAUAGGAUCCACGCCGGUAAGACGGUGCCGAUCGUGAAAGGCGGCGAGACGACCCGCAUGGAGGAGAACGAGUUCUACGCGAUCGAGACCUUCGGCUCCACGGGCCGCGGUCAGGUGCACGACGACAUGGACUGCUCGCACUAUAUGAAGAACUUCGACCAGCAGUUCGUUCCGCUAAGGUUACAAUCGUCGAAACAACUUCUGAACCUGAUCAACAAGAACUUCAGCACGCUCGCGUUCUGCAAGCGCUGGCUGGAGCGCGCGGGCGCGUCGCGCUACGCCAUGGCGCUCAAGGACCUCUGCGACAAGGGCGUGGUGGACGCCUACCCGCCGCUCUGCGACAACAAGGGCAGCUACACCGCGCAGUUCGAGCACACCAUCCUGCUUCGCCCCACCUGCAAGGAGGUCAUCUCGCGCGGCGACGAUUACUAAGCCA